CGCGCCCCGGCUUGAGGGUAGUGAGAGCCUGGCCGAGAAGAGUCUGGAGGGACCACCUGAGCUUGCUCUGCAGAUGAAAUAUAAGGAAAUAGAAUACAGACAAGCAUGGAAAGUGAGGACACAAAGAAAAUACAAGAAAUGAAGACUGACCUGAACUUACUAUUGGAGUGUCUAAAGUAUCAAAUGGACAACCCUUUUUCACAAAAGGAAGCUUUGGUCACUAUUCAUUCAAUUUGUCAACAAAACAGUAAUGCAGGUAUUUAUUUUCGGGAAAUUGGUGGUUUGAUGUUUGUAAAAAAUCUUGCAAAAUCAAGUGAACAUAGCGUGGUAAAAGAAGCAGCGUUAUAUACGUUAGGAGCUAUUGCAGAAAAAGAUGUUUACUGUCAGCAAACUUUGUGUACUUCAGAGUUGUUUGAAGAUUUAAUUUGGUUCUUAUCUAAUGAUUCAAACACAAAUUUGAAAAGAAUGUCUGUCUACGUUAUUUUGGUUCUGGUUUCAAAUAAUAGGACUGGACAAACACUUGUGAGAGAAACAGGUUGUAUUACAGUUCUGUCACAGCUGUUCAGGACAGUUCUUUCAAAAUAUGAGUUGAAUUUGUUAGAUAAAAAUGUUUUCCAGAAUUAUCAGUUGUGGUCUUCAGUAUGUAGUACUCUGUGUGUUUGUGUCAACAAUCCUCAAAACGAUGAAAAUCAAUUAUUUUGCUGUUCACUUUUUCUACAUGCUAAUGAGUGGCUAAUAAAUUGUAUGAAACCUGAGAUAAUUCGCCCAAUUUGCUCAUUUAUUGGACUCACUCUUGCAAAUAACAUGUAUGUUCAGAAAUACUUCAUAUCUAUGGGUGGACUCGAUGUAUUAUCUCAAGUUCUUGUGCAGCUGGAAUCUGAUUCACACACGACUCUUUCCAGUGCUAAGCUUGCAGUGGUGGUGACAAAGACAGUGGAUGCAUGUAUUGCUGAUAAUCCUACUUUUGGGAUAGUACUAUCCAAGUACCACAUUGUUUCGAAACUUCUGGCAUUACUGCUUCAUGAAAGUCUGGAUUCAGGAGAAAAAUUCAGCAUCAUACUUACUAUUGGUCAUUGCACAGAGGAUUGUGAGGAAAAUCAAUAUGACCUUUUUAAUAACAAUGGACUUCCACUCAUGAUACAAGCCUUAACUCAAUCUCAGAAUGAGGAACUAAACAAAGCUGCCACAUUCGUGCUUCACAACUGCAAAAAAAUUACUGAGAAAUUAUCUCUAAGUCUAGGAGAAUAUUCUUUUGAUGAAAAUGAAACAGAACAAUUAAAGGAUAUAAAUGUGAAAGAAAAGAAUCUUGAAGAGCACUGGAAGAAAGCAAAAGAAAUUCUACACAGAAUAGAACAACUUGAAAGAGAAGGAGAUGAGGAAGAAAUACGAAGAGAAAAAUAUAAGGAUGAUAUUUCAUCUGUGAACAUAAAUACUCAGAAUACACUGAAACAUCUCCAUGCAGAUAAUAUUGGUCGAGGUAACAAAGCAGAAGAUAAGGGUAAAAGCCAUUCUAUACAGAUUCAGAGUUGUAAAUCCCAUGGAGUCAUGUCUAAAGCAUGUGCAAGUGAUGACCAAAUGAAGACUCUGUUAAAGAGUGCAAAUCCAGUUAACACUUGUUAUAGCGAGAGUAAACAAAGUAAGACUUUACAUAAAGCCAAUUCAAGCUGCAAUCAAAACCUACAUGAAGAAACAACCGUUGAAAAGAAUUUUGUUUCUCAAUCAAGUGACCAUGUUUUUAAACAUCCAACUCACACUGCCAAAAAUAGAAAGCAGCAGUUACCAGUAACAGAUCCAUUUACAUUAUGUUCAGAUAUAAUAAAUAAAGAAGUAAUCAGUUUUCUAGCAACUGACACUGACAGUUCUUCCAAAAUGUUGAAGUAUAGAUGCUCAGGUUGCAUAGCAGUAGGAAUAUCUCUGAAUAGCCGAAAUUUUAGCAAGCUCUUGCAUUCUUGCUCAUACCAAUGUGAUCGUCACAAAGUCAUUGUGGAAGCUGAAGACAGAUAUAAAAGUGAACUAAGGAAAUCACUUAUCUGUAACAAAAAAAUUCUGCUCACCCCACGUAGAAGACAAAGACUCAGUAAUGAAUCUACUGCCUCUGGAGGAAUAAAAAAAAGAAGAAUUCGCAAAAACUUUACCAAAGAAGAACUGAAUUACCUUUUCAACGGAGUUAAGAAAAUGGGAAAUCAUUGGAAUUCAAUUUUGUGGUCUUUCCCCUUUCAGCAAGGACGAACGGCUGUGGACCUUGCUCGUAAAUACCACAAUCUGACCAAAGGCCCCAAGUGUGUGGCUCCUUUACAGGAAGAACACUUGUCAGUUUUUAGUUUGCACUCUUAAAAUACAGUGCCUUAAAAGAUACAAAAUUUAAAAAUAGUCUUCUAAACUCUCAUGAGACAGGGAAUGUGGAAAUGGGGAUACAGUUUUAA